AUGUCGAUUCCGGGCUCUCUUCCUGAGAGCACACUGAAGCUGAUCAGCCAGUUCGCUCCAGGAACUGUUGCAGAUGCAGCUGCUCUCACCGCAGCUGGGCUCUUGUCCGUAGCAUAUGUCCUGCGCGGGUAUACUUGGGACAAGCCUGACCCAUACGACUUUAUUUGGUACGAGAAGCCACAGCAAGGUGCCGGUGGUAAUGCCGGAAACAAGAGAUCCAACAAUAUUGCAGAGCGACUAGAAGAGCUUGUAAGCCCGGACCUGUUCACUUGA